CAAUAUGAGAAAUAGGGAAUUUCCUAUAAAUUUGGGGCUCCUCUAUAAAUUUCAACGCCUAAUUUCAGCUAGUAUUUCAUUCAGUAAAUAAGAAAACUUCAAUUUCUCUGUUUUUUUUUUUUUUGUUCUUCUUUCUUGUUUUCGUUUGUCAGUAAUUGAUUAGUUCUUGCAGAAAUACAGACCCAAACACAUAUGGAAAAAGUAGUCAGUCUUUGUUUACAAUUCUCGCGAAAACUGAUUUUUCAUCCUUUGUUCCUCCCGUUGAUGCUCUUUGUAAUUUUGUUCUACAAGAGUCUUUCUUCGAAACCCGGUGAAUUUGGAAAAAACCUGCCACCUUCGCCACCAAAGCUGCCAAUCCUAGGGAACCUCCACCAGCUCGGUCAUUUACCUCAUCGUUCUCUUCAAUCAUUGUCUCGACGAUAUGGCAAGGUUAUGCUGCUCUACUUCGGCAGCAAACCAGCUCUUGUCGUAUCUUCUGCAGAUGCAGCUGAAGAAAUCCUGAAGACUAAUGACUUGAUCUUCUAUAACAGGCCUAAGCUGCGAAGUGCCAUUAGAAUCUUUAACGACGGGAUGGAUGUGGGCUUUUCUCAUUCUGGAGAAUAUUGGCGACGAAUGAGGGGUGUAUGCGUUAUGGAGCUGUUAAAUAACAAGAAAGUUCGAUCAUUCCGAACCAUAAGAGAAGCAGCGAUUGCUGAAAUGGUUGAAAAGUUUAACAGAUCAGGUUGUUCAGCAGUGAAUUUUGCUGAAAUUGUUCUGUCAUAUACGUAUGAUGUGAUAUACAGAGCAUCCUUUGGAAGAAAACAUAGCCAAAAUCACGAGGAAGGCAUCAAUUUUAAGGAUGGCCUGGAUGAAGCCAUGAAGUUGCUUGGGACAGUAUUUUUGGGAGAUUUUGUACCUUGCCUUAGGUGGAUCGAUCGAGUUAAAGGUUUGGAAAGUCGAUUGGAAAAAGUCGUAAAAGUUUUGGAUGUAUUUCUUGACAAGGUUAUAAAAGAACAUCUAAGUCAUUUAAGCACUAAGAAAAAUGUUGUUGUUGAGUCGGACAGUGAGGGAAACGACGAUGGCUUUGUUGAUAUUUUGCUUGGAGUUCAUAUGAACAAUAAACAUGAUAUGUCACUUGACAGCAUCAAAGCCCUUAUACUGGAUAUGUUUUUGGCUGGUACAGACACGACUUACACGCUCAUGGAUUGGGUGGUAGUCGAGCUGCUUAGAAAUCCAAGUGUUAUGAAACGACUACAAGACGAGGUAAGAAACAUUGUUGGAGGGAAAGGGCGCAAAGUUUGUGAGGAUGAUCUGGAGAAAAUGAGUUACCUAAAAGCUGUGAUGAAGGAAGCACUUAGGCUACAUGCUCCGGGUCCAUUGUUAGUCUUUCAUGAGUCAACUCAGGACGCCAAAAUAAAUGGUUUCGACAUAGCUGCUGGUACCCUGGCGAUCGUCAACGCGUGGGCAAUCCAAAGAGACUCGAUGUAUUGGGAAGAACCAGAGAAAUUUCUUCCUGAAAGAUUUCUGAACAGCAGUUCAUCAGAUGAUUUCAGAGGACAAGAUUUCAAAUAUAUUCCAUUUGGUGCAGGCAGGAGAGGUUGUCCAGGGAAAUCGUUUGGCAUGGUUUCUGCUGAACUUGUGAUCGCGACUGUCAUCAACGAGUUUGAUUUGAAACUUCCCGGAGGAAUUCAGGGUGAUGAGUUAGAUAUGACUGAAUUUGCAGGCCUUACAGUUCGCAGGCGAGAUCCUCUUAUGGUCAUUGCAAAUCCUCUUCAAAUUUCGUCCUAAGAUAGAUGUUCUUGCUUAAAAGUGUGCUGAACCAUAUAUGGGUUUCAAGAUCAUUUCCGAAUCCAAUGAAUAAAUUAAGUCAUGUUUUUCCUUAGUAUUUCCACCGCAAAGUGAUUAAGAAUUGUUAGUAAUUUGUAACCUUUUCUUCUCUUUCGAUAUCUAAUAAUGAAAUUUGGUUUUUAAAUA